UCACUUGUCACACGUUGUCUUCAGAUACACCAGGGUAUCACUUCGGUAGACACGGUCAAUCAUGCACUUGGAGAACCGUGUUCUGUCUAGCGUUCUCGACUAUGCAUCAAAGUUCUACAAACGAAUGUCCAGUUUGGUGUUCUUCUCUGCAAACUCCAUACAAGUACAAAUGAACAUAAGCCAAAGUUCUUGGAUAAAAUGCCGCGACUGGAUGGCAUUUGCAUUGUCCCAUCACAUCAUAAUGGGAAUCUACCUUUUGAUACUUCGCAACUUCCUACCCCAAGUGGUCCCUGACUUCGAAUGGCAGCAUUAUUUUAUGCGUGUUUUCAUUGUUCACAUCAUUUACAUUAUUAUCUCUUACUUCAUCCGAAUCACUCGUUACCCACCUGGACCUCCACCUAUGGCAGUUUUUGGAAAUUCACCAUUUGUCAAUAUUCUCACUCCGGAACAAACUUUCCUCGAGUAUCGUGAAAUCUAUGGUCCGAUUUUCACUCUUCAUCUGUCACAGCCAACGAUUAUCCUCGCAGAGUACAAAACGAUUCAGGAGGCACUUGUCAAAAAUGGACAGCAAACUAGCGGACGAUCAAGCGCCGAGUCAUUUGUUCUUUUCACUGGAGAUCGUCUGAACGGCGAUGGAGUUAUUCUUGCCAUGCGUCAGAAGUGGAAGGACAUGCGUCACGAAAUCAGUCGUUUCAUGAACAAGUGGUACGGUGCUCCAAUGGAUGAGCUAGUGCUUCAUCACACUCGCUGUUUGGAGCAAGAGCUUGCAAAAAUUGCGGAGACUAAGAGUUUGAUUGACUUACGUGACCCACUUGCUGGAGCGAUUGCUAAUGUGAUUCAACAAAUCACUAUUGGACGCAAUUACAUGUACCAGGAUCAAGAGUUUCAGACUCAACUCAGAGAUAUUAACGCUGUUGUAAAAGAGAUUAUGACUGCUGAAGUGUUCUUUGUGAACUGUUACCCAUGGCUUCGUUAUUUGCCAGAGGGCAUUCUCCGCAAGUGGACGAACUACAAAAGGAGCGGAUUUCGACUUCAGCAGUGGUUCCGUACUAUUUUGGAAGAACAUCACGUCAACCGGCAUCAAGGUGAUUUUAUGUCACAUAUGAUAGACCUUCAAGAGUCUAAGCAGGAACAAUUCAGAGACCUUUCAAUCAUCCUAACAUGUGGAGAUAUGUGGACAGGAGGUAUGGAAACUACUGUAACCACGUUGAGAUGGGGAAUUAUAUACCUGCUCAACAAUCCAGAAGUUCAAGCGAAAUGCCAAAUGGAGAUUCUGGAUGUUUUUGGUAAUGACAUUCCCGAUAUGGGCAAAAUGAAUCAGACGCCGUAUGUGAGAGCCACUCUUUCGGAAAUCCAACGUUUGGCUAAUGUUUUGCCAUGGGCUAUUCCCCACAAAACAAUCGAAGAAUGCAACAUUGGAGGAUACGAUAUCCCAGUUAACACCGAGAUUAUCCCAGCCCUCGGCGCCGUUCUCUUCGAUCCAAACGUGUUUGAAUCUCCAAAGCAAUUCAAGCCAGAGCGUUUCCUUGACGAAGAGGGCAAAUAUCGUGUUAUGGAAGAGUUUCGUCCGUUCGGUCUGGGUCCCAGAGUCUGUCUUGGAGAAAGAAUCGCUCGCACCGAGCUCUAUCUCAUCUUUGCUAGUCUUCUCCAAAACUUCCGUUUCUACCUGAACAGAGGAGAUCCAAUCCCAGUGGCCGAACGUGUGAUUGGCGGGAUUACUGCUCCGCCAAAACCCUACGCAACUCGCGUCGAGUACCUCGGAAAUCGUCUCAUCAACUAAAUUACCUCAUAUUACAUUUCCAUACCUCGCAAAAAUUCCGUUCGCCAGCUUUAAUCAAUAUCGUAAUCUCCCAUCAAGCUUUACCAAAUUGCACUUUUGUCAUCAUAGAUCUAGUCUUACAUACCUACAUCAGUUGCUAGUCUUAAAAAAUUUUUUAGUUUCUUUCUUUAUGAUGCGAACAACAAAAGUUUGAAAUAAAGUGUUUGAUCGAAAAGUUAA